GGCUCUCCCCGGCAUCCUCCUCCUGCCCCGGCGGCUCCCGAGCCCCGGCGUCCUCCGGCAGCGCCCAUGCUGAGCACGGAAAGUUUCGCAGGGGCGAGAGCCCUGGGAGAGGAAUCGCUGCAGAUGUGGGACCUCAACAAGCGGCUGGAGGCGUACCUGGCCCGCGUGAAGGUCCUGGAGGAGGAGAACGAGGUGCUGCGAGCCGAAAUCCAGAGCACCAAGAGCAGCCCGGCCGGGGACUCGUGGCGGGUGAAGUACGAGGAGGAGCUGCGAGCCCUGCGGGAUGCGCUGGAUCGCGCCUUCAGGGAGAAGUGCACGGCAGAGCUGGCCAGGGACAACCUCUACGAGGAGGUCCAGCAGGUGAAAAGCAGGUGCCAGAAGGAGCAGGCAGCCCGAGAAGAAGCAAAGAAGCAGCUGUCCUUGAGCAAGAAGGAGCUGGAGGAGGAGAGGAGAGCGCAGAUCUGGCUGAAGGAGAGAGCUGUGCAGCUGGAGAAGGAGGUGGAAGCCUUGCUGGAGGUGCACGAGGAGGAGAAAGCGGGGCUGGACCAGGAGAUCGCGAGUUUCUCCCACAGCCUGGAGAGCUUCCGCUGCGCCCCGGUGGCUUUCCAGCCGGUGGAGGUGGAGGACUACUCCAAGAGACUCUCGGAGAUCUGGAAAGGGGCGGUGGAGACCUACAAGACAGAGGUGUCGCAGCUGGAGGGUUCCCUCUGCCAGGCCAAGGAGAACCUGUGGAAGGCGGUGGAGGACAACCAGCAGAGCCAGCUGCAGCUGCAGCACCUGGAGAAGGACCUGGCGGGGCUCAAAGCACGGAAGGAGCUGCUGGAGGAGAGCCUGGCCCGGCAGUGGCAGGAGCAGCGCGGGGAGGCAGAAAAGUUCCAGCUGGCGAUGGAGGCCCUGGAGCAGGAGCAGCAGAGCCUGCGGGUGCAGAUCGCCCGGGUGCUGGAGGACAGGCAGCAGCUCAUGCACCUCAAGAUGUCCCUCAGCCUGGAAGUGGCGACCUACAGGACGCUGCUGGAAGCGGAGAGCACCCGCCUGCAGAUGCCUGCCGGGGAAUUCAGGUUGGCCAACGGUGUGCGAGAUCUCAAACUGGAGGUGAGCAGCAGCAGCAGCAGCAAACUGGUGCCAGCGAGCGCCGAGAGCAGGCGGCUGCUGCCCCGGGAGCACUGCACCAGCCCCUCCACCUUCCCCCGGGCAGAGGGGAGGGGGCAGCUAGCAAAACCCCAAAGCGACACCCUGACCCCCGAAAGCCCCAGUGCCAGGGAGCUCCAGAAAAUCACCUCAGUCCUGCGGGGCACGGCUACCGGCCGGGCUGGGGGGCCGGGAGCCCCUGCCUGCCCCACAGCCAGCCCCUCCCAGGCAGGCAGAGCCGCCCCUCCCCUCUCCCCGGAGCCCCCCAGCCCCUCACCGCCGGGGCAGGAGAGCUCUGGGGGAGAGGGUCCCGCCUGGCCGGGAGGAGACGGGGCAGCGAUGAGCCCAGGGACGGAGCGUCCCCUGUCCAGAGCCUCGGGGGACGCUGCCAGUGCCAGCCUGCAGCCCCUGGCAGCCGCCCACAGGCUGCAGUACCCGGCCCAGCUGGUCAGCGAGGCGCUGGAGGACGCGCUCAAGGCGAUGGGAGAUGAUGCUCAGCCCGAGGAGGAGCCCACACCCAGCUCCACGUGGGCCCCCCGGGAUGUCUGUGCCCCCAGCCCCGUUUUCCCCCCAGAAGCUUGUGGGGAGGCUGUGUCAGAGGGGCCUGGGGAAGAGCAGGAGCCCUCUGAGGGCUCUGAGGAUGGUGAGAGCCCCGAGGCAGAGGAGAGGGCUGGGGAGGUCGUGCUCCAGGGGCUGGCUGUGGAGAGCAGCAUCCUGCAGGACAGAGCCGGGUCCCCCCCGGGCACAGCCGCUUCCUCGGCGAGCCGGGAAGAUCUGGGAGCGUGGGAGGAGGAGGAGGAGGAGGAGGUACCUGCUGUGCUGAGCCCAAGGGAUCCACAAGUGGAGGCCCAGGAAAGGGACAAGGGUCUUGCUGGGCAGAUGGUGACCAGCUGGGAAAAGCCAGAGCAUGAAAGAGCAGAGACCCCAAGCACAGAGCCUUCACACCCCUCAGAGGAUGAGGAGGAGGAGGAGAGGGGACCCUGCAGCCCCUGCGAGGAGAAGGGAGAUUUCCAGGAAGAAGGAACAGAUGUGCAAGAAGAGGAGUGUCCACACAGAGAAGUGGAAGCUGCUCGUGCUGUCCUUGUGGAAAGCCACCUGGUUUUGCCCACAAAAGCUCACCUGGAAGAGGACUUUGCUGAUGCAGAGCAGGAAAGGUCUGAGCAGCAGAAAAUGCCCGUGUGUGAGAUGGAUCUGGCUGCAGAGAAGGAAAGGGAACAGGAGCUGUGCCCAGAGCAGAAGCCCUCGAGAGUCCAUGAGGCCAUCCCAGCAGAGGAGGCUUCCACAGGAGCUGAAGAAGAUACUGUGGGAGGGGAGGACUCCGGCAGAGUGGAAGAUGGCGAGGGAGAAAAGGGAGAGGCCAGCAGGGAGGUGCUGGGAGGAGAGGAGCAUGGGGUAGGACAGGAGCCCAUGGCAGGAGAGGACCUCACAGCAGGAGAGGACUCCGAGGCAGGAGAAGACCAAGGGGCAGGAGAAGGCUCUGAGGAAGGAGAAGACCAAGGGGCAGGAGAAGACCAAGGGGCAGGAGAGGAUCCUGGGCCAGGAGAGGCUGUGGGAAGUGCUGCCCUGGAGGGGGAGAGCAGAGCCCCAGAGGAGCCUGAGGACCUGCAGGAAGGAGAGGGGGGACAACAACAGGAGGAGGAGGAGCCCUGGGGACAGGGGGAUGAUGGCCAAGAGCCCUGUCCAGAGGACUGGGAGGUGACAGCAGAGGAUACUGAGGGAGUUUUGGGGCCAGAAGAGCCAGCCUGGGCUGAUGACACCCCGAGCAGUGCAGGAAGGCUGCGAAGCCAGGAGAGAGAUGGCACAACGCCAGCAGAGCUGGAGGAAGCCCAGGAAGAUGAUGAAGAAGAUGCCAAGAGCCAGGAGAUGAGCCAGCAGCAGGCAGUGCCAGAGGCUGAGCCAGCAGCAGAGCUGGCGUGGCAGGAGCAGCAGGGCAGCGUGGCAGAGCCUGAGCCAGCCCCUCCAGGUGCCCCCGAGCAAGGGGACGGGCAGGAGCUGGCCGAGGCUCCAGAGGAGGUGCAGGAUGAGGAGGCUGCUGAGGGGCUCAGCUCAGAGCUGGGGAGGCUGGAGAGCUCAGAGCUGGUGGCACUGAGGCAGGCGCCAGGUGACAGUGGCGAGUGGGCGUUGGAGGAGGCCCCCAGAGAGCCAGAGGCCACGGCGGGCAGCGGCAGGAGGGUGGAGCUGGAGGACACACUGCCAGACAGCACGCCCUUGCACCUCUACGGGGGGGAGCUGCUGGCUGGGGGGGCACCCAGCCCAAACCCCCCAGACACCGAGGAGACCACGGAGACAGCGCCUGUGAGUGACACAGCUCAGGAGGGCGAAGGGUGGCUGCAAGGGAGGGACAAGCCACCAACUCCCACCAUGCCAGAGAGCCCUGAAGAGGAGGCAGGGGCAGAGGGGGCUGCUGUGGCAGAGGGUGCUGAGGAGGAGGAAGGUUAUUUCAUGGUCUCUGCUCCCAACCAAGAGGUGUCCAGCUCAGAGGAAGCUGAGAUCUCCGAGGACUUCGAAGAAAUUAAAGUUGAAGCAACUGAAGGCAGCCAAGGUGAUCUGGGGGCUCCUGGAGGAGCACCUCCAGUGCCAGAGGGCAAAGAGCACCCCGAGGAGCUUGCUGCGGAAGCAGAUGAGGAUGUGGAGAUGCCCACUGAAGAAUUGGAGGUGCCAGAGGAUGAAGACAACACUGCUGGGCUGGAGGAAGGCCCAGAAGAAGAUCCCAGCUGUCUCGGGGUGAUGGGACCAUCAGCAGGAGGUUCUGCUGAGCCAGCCCAGGGUGCCACAGGCACUGCAGCAUGGGAGGGACCAGAGCACUCGGAAGGUCUGGCUGCUGAGUCAGACGAGGAGCUCCACACCACAGCUGAGCUGGAGAGGGAUGCCAGUGGAGCAGCAACCCUCCCAGGCUGCACCCUGGGGUUGGCAGGGCAGGAGGAGCAGGGGGAAGAUGAGGAUGAGCCCAGCACGGCUCUCCAGGACACGGCCACCCCUCCAGCAGGGCUCCAGGCAGCGCCUGGUGAAGCAGAGCAGCCUCUGGAAGGGCAGCCAGCCACGGAGGAGGAAGCACUGGGCAGGGAGAGCCCCCCUUCACCCGGGAACCAGCAGCCCCCUGGGGCCAGCCCCCCUCAGCUGGGCUCUGCACUGGGGCAGGGAGGAUUCCCAGAGGUGAUUCCGGACAUCCCUGACACAGCCGUUCUCCCUGCAGAGGUGCCACUGGAGAUCAUGAAGGACUCGGAUAUUUUGGAAAUAGUUGAGCAGGCCCUGGAAUUCAACCAGGAGCUGAUGGGGGUGAGGGUGGCAGAGGGUGGGCAGGGUCCUGGGAGGACCGAGCUCUCCCGGGAUGCAGGGGAAGACUCCUCGCUUGCCUCAUCCAGCGAGGAGGAGCCAACAGUGCAGGAGGCGCCGGAGGUGGCCCCGGAGAGGGAGGGUCUGGCCCGGGCUGAGAACGGGCUGCACCGGGAGGCCAGUCUGGAAGACCUGGCUGAAUUCAGCGAGGAGGUGCUGAACGGCAUCACCAGCGCAGCCCCAGCACAGGAGCUCCCCACAGAGACCACAGAGCCCUCGCUGGCGAUGCCACCGCGGGCCCCCACCCCUGGAGGUGGCACCGCCACCAAGCUGGGGGAUGCCACCCUGAGGGGGAAGCAUGGUGGAGCCGAGCCCAGCCCCGUGCCCCCUGCUCUGGGGGAGGAUGUCCUGUGCCUCACGGCCGAGCAGCCACCAGCGUGUCAGCUGAGGGCUGAGCAGGAGCCCUGGUCCUCAGGGGAUGAGUGACAGCAGCCCGGGGCAACCUCCUGGUAGCCCCCUUCCUGCCAAAACCCAGUACCUCCACUUGUCCCACCCCCCUCCUGUUGCUUCCCCGUCUCCUUGUGGCUUUUAACAUGUUUGUGUGGAUUUUUUGCACCCCUUCUCAGAGUGAAGAAGCACCAAGUUCCGUUGCCCCCCCCCCCCCCCCCCCCGCAGCCCACCCGAAUUCGCAUGCUUGCUCUGGGACCCCUGCUUCACUUUGGGCUUCUUCUUGGGUGGGUUGCCGUGGUUGUAUUUAAUUUAAACUCUGUGUUUCCCCAUUCCCUGCAAUCUUCCCCCUCCAGUUCCCCCAGUAUUUGUCGCAGGACGUCCAGCUGGAGUUUAGGGACCCCCCCAAAGUGCACCCUGGGACUCGGCGUUUUGGGGCUACAUCACCCCAGGGUCCCCAGCCCCAACCCGACACUGGGGGCUGAGCCACGCUGGAUGUAUCCACUGCCUCGACAUUAAUUUAAUAAAGCCUCAUCCUCCCACUCA